AUGUUCGAGCUCUUUUAUGAUUACUCGCCAAAAGCAAUGGCGUUAGGCGCAUCUGCUGCAGCCGUCGCUACCUACAGCCUGACGCUGACGAUUUACCGUCUAUUUUUCCAUCCUCUUGCUAAGAUUCCUGGUCCUAAGCUCUGUGCUAUCACAGGCUGGUAUGAGAUCUUUUGGGACGUUCUUCUUGGAGGCCAAUUUACCUUCAAGGUGGAAGAAUGGCAUAAGAAAUACGGUAUUGGCCUUUCCUGUCCACCUAUUCUUCCUUCGCUCACUGAAGUAGGCCCGAUCAUGAGAAUCGGUCCUAACGAAGUACACUUUAAUGAUCCUGACUUCUAUAACGAGCUGUACCCGACGAUAGGUGCCAUGUACGAGAAGCCUGCCCAGUGGCGCUGGCGAUUUGGUUGCGGCACUGCAAUUUUUGAUACCAUCGGCCACGAGCACCACGCCCAGAGAAAAGCUCCUGUCGCUGCUUUCUUCUCGCGUCAGAAAAUCCUCCAUUUAAGCAGCUUUAUCCAGGACCAGACUAAUAUCUUAGUCAGCCGGAUCCGGGAUAACCAUAAAGGGCAAGUUAUCUGUGCUAACGAGGCUUUUGAUGCAUUGACUAUGGAUAUCAUUGGCUACUACGCCUUCGGAUUGUCUUAUAAUUCCAUUCAGUAUCCGCAGUUCAAGGCACCGUACUGUAACGUCACGGCGGACAUUGCCCGCAUGGUCCAUGUGGGGGCUCACUUCCCCUGGGUCUUCAAGAUUCUCAAUGUUUUGCCGGAGAAGUACAUCACCAACCUGCUGCCUCCUAUGUCAAAGAUAUUCAUGUUCAGAAAGGAAAUCGGUUCGCAGAUCCGUCGGAUUAAAAAGAACAAAGAGUACCUGGAUAAGAAUGUGAAUGAGCAUCGAACUGUUUUCCAUGAGAUCCUCAACUCCGACCAACCCGCUUGCGAGCUCAACGAGGGCCGCCUCUAUCACGAAGCCCUCAGUCUUGUCGGCGCAGCCCUCGAGACGUCAAAGAGGACCACUGCGCUGGCUGUUUAUUACAUCCUUGCCACUCCAGGCGUAGAGACCACUCUUCGCGCUGAGCUCAUCGCUGCCAUGCCAGAUAAGACAAAAAGCCUGUCUCUCCCCGAGCUGGAGGCUCUGCCGUACCUAAACUCAGUUAUCAGAGAAGCCCUCCGCUUGGCCAUUGGCGUCUCCCAGCGCAUGCGUCGUUAUUCUCCAACCGAGACCAUUACGUAUAAAGACUACACUAUCCCGCCGAACACUGUCUUUGGAAUGUGCCACUGGGAGCAGCUCCGCGAUGCGCGUAUUUGGGACCGCUCGACCGAAUUUUUUCCUGAACGCUGGCUAGGAGAGCGGCCGCUGGCGCUCAACGGCCAACCACUUAACAAGUACUUUGUGCCGUUUCAUCGCGGCCCGCGUAUGUGCCUGGGAAAGGAAUUCGGUAUGGCGCAGCUGAACAUCGGGCUUGCUACAUUGUUCCGCCAGGAGGAUAUCAAGCUUGAGUUGUACGAGACAGACAGCAAGGAUGUGGAUGUUGUGGCAGACUUUUUUGUGCCUUUGACGAUGAAGGAGAGCCAGGGGGUGAGGGUUUCGGUGAAAUGA